UUUAUACGUCACCCAUGUCACGUAGUAGCGGAAAGAAACAAAAUCUUCGCGCUCUAGAAGUUUCCCGGGAGACGCCAUGAUGGCGGAGUCAGUGGGGCUGUGUUUGUUACGACUGUCGGAGGGCGACAUCGAGCAAGACCCUUUGGGCGCGGUGCAGAAGCUGACAGAGGCCUUAAAACAGAUGCCAGAUGAUGCAGAGAAUUACUGUCAACGGGCUUAUGCUCACAUUCUUCUACAAAAUUACCAUGAUGCUAUUACAGAUGCAGAGAAGUCACUAACACUUGAUCCCAAUAAUGCUGUAGCAUUUCUCAGACAAGGGAUAGGCGAAUACCAUAUGAAGAACUAUGGUUCUGCACUGAAGUCUCUCAGUGAGGGACAAAAGCUGGGUAGUGCUGACACUACCUUCACUAUUUGGAUUAAAAGAUGUGAAGAAGCCAUCAACACAGGAUUGCAGACUGAAAUGGAUGACAAUCAGAUUUUUCAACACCCGUCUUGUCCGUCUAAGAUAAAGUAUGACUGGUACCAAACAGAAUCUCAUGUAAUCAUCACUAUUAUGAUCAAGAAUACAAAGAAGGAAGAUGUAAACAUAACAUUUUCAGAGAAAGAGCUAGAUGCCUUGGUGAGGCUUUCCUCAGAGGAAGACUACAAUUUAAAGCUUCAUCUUCUUCAUUCUAUAGUUCCAGAACAAAGUACAUUCAAAGUUCUUUCAACCAAGAUUGAAAUAAAAAUGAAGAAACCAGAAGCCGUACGAUGGGAGAACCUGGAAGGACAUGGAGGCUCUCCUAAACUAAAACAAAUUGCUCCAGUUUCAGAUGCAACACACCUCUAUCCCCCAUCCUCUCAUUAUACAAGGAAUUGGGACAAAUUGGUAGUUGAGAUCAAGGAAGAAGAGAAGCAUGAAAAGUUGGAGGGAGAUGCAGCUUUAAACAAACUUUUCCAGCAGAUUUACUCUGAUGGUACAGAUGAAGUGAAACGUGCCAUGAACAAAUCUUUUAUGGAGUCUGGUGGGACAGUUUUAAGCACAAACUGGUCUGAUGUGGGUAAAAGGAAAGUAGAAGUUAAUCCUCCAGACGACAUGGAAUGGAAAAAAUUCUAACUUAUUCAUGUGCCACUCUAUGCUGCCCAUAUUUAUGUAUUUACCAUAGUGUGUGGGACACAGCAUCCUUGAAGCUGAAGCACUGAAUGUUCAUUUGAAGAUUUCCCCCCACUGUCUUUUUAUGCUUUAGGAAGACCUUUCUCUGCAGGUUUUAGAGGUGUAAUCAGGAAUUGAGGCUCUUACUGCUUCUGUCCUUGAAGGACUUUUUGGAGCUAUAUGAACUAGUCAUAACACACACUUUCUACUGGCUUGCUUGGUUAUGUAUUUGGAGAGUUAGCAAGAGCUUUAAUGGGCCACCUAGGAUUAUUGCCUUACUAAUGCACAAAAUUUCUUUAAAUAAUUUAUUCGCUCUGGUGAUUUUGCAAGUAAAUACACUUUCAGCUACAGUGUUAAGAUUGUUUGCUGUUUAACUCUGCAUAAAAAUAAAAUUGUAAAUAUAUAACU